AUGCCGACAUUUGGAGGACUGUUGAAGAAGAAAAAGACACAUUCGAUCAGCUCGAGGGAAGCGCCCUCCUCACCAACGGGUGCCGAAGCUUCUGCCACCACCACCGCAUCAUCCGACCAGAAGAAGAAAAAAGCCUCUUCCUCGGACGCUGAAAAGCAUCGCCGCCAGUCCGGAAAAAAGGACUCGAGCGACAAAACCGAAUCUUCACUGAGUACGAACAGAGGAACUCCCUCCGACACUCCGAUGACCUCAACAGCUCCCUCGGCCCACAGCUCCGCCCCGGCCGCAUCUACACAGCAACAACAGCAGUAUACGCAAGGUAUAGGCAGUAUAAACAGCAUCAUCAACCCGCCGCAACAACAGCAGCAUGGCCAGGAUGCAGCUGCCGCGCAGGCCCAACAAUUCCAGGCUGCAAGAGCACAGCCACGCCAGACAAAGGGAAAAUACUCCCUAGAAGAUUUUGCGCUGCAACGCACGCUGGGCACAGGCAGUUUUGGUCGAGUGCACUUGGUCCAGUCCAAGCAUAACCACCGCUUCUAUGCCAUCAAGGUGCUGAAGAAGGCGCAGGUCGUGAAGAUGAAGCAGGUCGAACACACAAAUGACGAGAGGAGGAUGCUGCAAAGGGUUAAGCACCCGUUUCUCAUCACCCUGUGGGGGACCUUUCAGGACUCGAAGAAUUUGUACAUGGUCAUGGACUUUGUCGAAGGAGGGGAGUUGUUCAGCCUGCUUCGCAAGUCGCAAAGAUUCCCCAACCCCGUUGCAAAAUUUUACGCUGCAGAGGUCACGUUAGCCCUGGAGUACUUGCAUGCACAACACAUCAUUUACCGUGAUCUCAAACCCGAGAACCUGCUGCUGGAUCGGCAUGGUCACUUGAAGAUUACCGAUUUCGGUUUCGCAAAGGAAGUGCCUGACAUCACAUGGACGCUCUGCGGUACACCCGACUAUCUUGCUCCAGAGGUCGUCUCCUCCAAGGGAUACAACAAAUCGGUAGACUGGUGGUCCUUGGGAAUUCUUAUAUUUGAAAUGCUCUGCGGCUUCACUCCUUUCUGGGACAGCGGUUCUCCCGUCAAGAUCUACGAAAACAUUCUUCGCGGAAAGAUCAAAUUCCCUCCUUACAUGCACCCAGAUGCGGUCGACCUGUUGUCGCAAUUGAUCACACCAGACCUGACAAAGCGCCUGGGCAAUCUUCACGGAGGACCCGAGGAUGUCAAGAACCACCCUUGGUUUGCAGAGGUCACAUGGGACCGACUUCUGAGGAAAGACAUUGAUGCCCCUUACGUGCCUCCCGUCAGAGCCGGCCAGGGUGACGCUAGCCAGUUCGAUAAGUAUCCCGAGGAGAAUGAGGCGUAUGGAGUUCAUGGAGAAGAUCCAUACAACAACCUUUUCGCCGAUUUCUAA